AUGGGCAUCUCAGGGUUCAAUGCUAUUGAGAACUUGGAUCAUGAUUCAUUCGGAGUGGAUGUUCCUGUGGUAAUCAUCGGUGGAGGCCCAGCGGGACUUUUGCAGGCUCAUCUGCUAUCCCAGCUAGGAGUCAAAUGCCUAAUUGUCGAGAGAUAUCCGGAAAGACUGGGGGCGCCGAAAGCCCAUGCACUCUCGCCCAGGUCAUUGGAGAUCUGUCGACAGUUUCACUUGGAUGUACGGAAAAUUCGACAACUCGGAACUAAGAGAUCAGAUGCUUUCUGGGUGAAUUUCGUCACCAAUUUGAGUGGCCAGUUGGUGGGGACCCUUCCGUACGAGCGAAUGGAUGUUGAUAUAAAGAUGAUUCACAACAUUCCACAGCCAGUCUUUGAGCAGUUGCUGACAGAUGUCCUUUCGAAAGACUCCAACGUUGAUCUUCGAAAAGGCGUCUCCUUUGUAUCGCUAGACCAGAAGUCGGAGGGAAUCACGACGACAGUGGAAGAACGAGCCACUGGGCACCGCUUUCAAAUCCAUUCGAGGUACUUGAUUGCCUGUGAUGGGGCGAGAAGUAAAGUUCGAAGCGUUCUUGGAGUGGAAAGUGACGGCGAGGACUCUUAUGAAACCAUGAUGACCAUCCAUUUUAAUGCCGAUCUUCGGCCCAUUGUGGGCGAGCGAGUGGGCAUGCUCCAUUGGAUCAUGGAUCCUCUCGGUGCAGGAUUCAUCAUUGCAUAUGACCUCUCAGGAAACGCUGUUUUGAUCUGCAAUUUUGAUGUUCGAUUCCGGCAGACACGCUCGUCGCUGAGAGGUGACGAUUACAGGGCUGGUGACGCUGCGCACUCGUUCCCACCGACAGGUGGUCUUGGACUGAACUCGGGUAUAGGAGAUGUACACAACCUCGCCUACAAAAUUGCAUUGGUGCUAAAAGGAGAAGCCCGCGAUAGCCUGCUUGAGACAUACGAGUCGGAGAGACGACAUGUCGCCGUCGUCAACUCGAUGCAGAGUGUGAAGAACGGAAAACAGAUUUUCGGACUUCUCAAGAGCCUGGGAAUUGGGAAUGAUUUGAUGGAGAGCCGGAAAAAUCUGUACGCCACUCUGCAAGAUCCAGAGAAAAUGAAGGUGGUAAAUGCGAGGAUCGAGGAGCAAAGAGAGCAUUUCGAUAAUUUGGAGCUGCAUAUUGGAUAUGUUUACGGGAGCGAAGCGAUUCCGCCACAUGCUUCAAAAUAUACGCCCAAGUUUGAAGUCGGUGCGAGGCUUCCUCACACUUGGAUCCGACCAACAAAGACCACGUUGAGCGCGGUGGAUGUCUCAUAUGUCGAUGAAUUGUCUCCUGACGAGGUCAAGGCUCGCCAGUACAGUACGCUCGACCUGUGUGAGCUCGACAAAUUUACAUUGAUUGGCGAUCUGGACGUUCCCGGAGUCAAAACCUGCCGCUUACAUCAAGAUUUUGAAGUUAUUGGGCAGGCCGGUCAAGAAUGGCUGACAGCCGCGGGCCUAAAGGACGGUGGAGGUCUCCUAAUCAGGCCAGAUCAACACAUCCUAAUGGUCAUCCGCCCCGAUACGACCGUCGAAAGUGUGCAACGGGUUCUGAAUCAACACUUGGGAGUGUGA